GAACCUUGGACGUCGUCAUCUGACUCACUGAAACCCUCCACAUUACUUCAGAAGUUUCACAGAAGCUCCUCUCAACAAAGUACAAGUGUACAACCUACCACAAAAAUUUCCACAUUCACUCUGCAUUGUAUAUAUGGAUCAUUCUUACUAGCCAGCUAUAUGAUUCAUCCGCGGUCACAGUUUUACGGGUGGAACAUGUGUCCUCCGGCCGUUUCCGAGAGGACCCUUCAGACCUUCCCGCCGGAGAGGCGCACCAACCUCGUACGCCGGCCGGGAGGUCUCAUCUCCGUCCCCGGGAGGCUCUUGAAGGCUCCGGAGACCCGCCUGGAGAACUCCCAGUACCGUUUGACGAAGCUGCUUCUGAAUGUGACCAUAGAGAGGAGCUUGGGGCCUGUACACGUGUUGAUGUCGCCGGAGAACACGGUCAGUGAUUUGAUAAAGUCCGCUGUAGAAAUAUACGUGAAGGAGAAGAGAAGGCCUUUGGUGAAGGAGACUGAUCCGCACCGUUUCGAGCUUCACUACUCACAAUUCAGUCUGGAGAGUUUGAAGGAAGAUCAGAAGUUGAUAAAGUUGGGGUCUAGAAAUUUUUUCUUGUGCUCAAAGGCAUCAGAUUCAGAUGCCCUUUUAUCUAGCUCUGUCGUCAAUCCUUCGAAUUGCUCAAAGGAAGCAAAGAAGGAAAUCAAUUCUCCAUUUCCAUUGAUAAAGUUCAUGGAUUUCUUGCUGUAAUUGCUCUUCCAUUAAGUUCAUAUAUAUAUAUGUCAUGUAUAUGUAUGUAUGUUUGUUUCUACGUACAAAGAAAUAUAAGAUCGAUGCUGUCAAUCUAUUGUGAAUUUAA